UUUGGAGUCUCUCCUCUCUUUCCAUAAAAAACCAAAAUCGAACGGUGAAUAAGAGACGACGUGAAGAUGAAUAAGAAGAAGAAGAUGAAUCUCACUCUCACACUCCCUGAUGAUAUGAUAGUACAAAUCCUGUUGAAGUUGCCGGUGAGAUCUCUUUUGCGUUUCAAAUGUGUGUCUAAAUCAUGGUUAUGUCUCAUCUCCGAUCCCCAAUUCGCAAAAUCCCAUUUUGACCUAGCUGCUGCACCCACCCACCGACUUUUUGUUAAGUAUGAUUCUUUUCGUGUAUCCAUAGAUUUAGAAGCAUUGUUUCAUGAUGAUUCUUUUCUAGUACAACUCGCUUCUCCAUUUCCAUUAUCCCUCCAUAAUUCUAAUUUUAGAAUUAUGGGUUCCUGUCGAGGGUUUAUACUCUUACGGUUUUAUUAUCAGUUUAUUAUAUGGAAUCCAUCAACCGGUUUCCAUAAAGGAAUACCAUUCUCUCGUCCCUACUCAAUGUGCGAAUUUUUAUGUGGUUUUGGGUAUGACGCAGCAACUGAUGACUACUUGGUAAUUACUAUCAUGCCACUGCCUGAAUCUGGAUUGAGUAAGGUGGCAACUGGCAUGGAGUUUUUCUCCUUGAAAACCAAUUCAUGGAACAGAAUUGAGGGUAUCAAUUAUCCAUUUUCGGUGGUGGAUGAUGAAGUCUCGUCUGCAUUCAAAGUUGGCUUAUUCUUGAAUGGGGCUCUUCAUUGGUUCGAUUUCUGUAGUAGUCUGGAUGUGAUUGACAAAAUUAUAUCAUUUGAUUUGACUGAAAGGACUUUGUCAGAGAUUCCUCUGCCAUAUGAUCUUGCCAAGACAUUGGAUGUUGGAGCUUAUAAUUUGACGGUAAACGGAGGAUGUCUCAGUCUGUGUAAUUGUCGGGCGACUUAUUGGUCAACGGGUGAGUGUGAAGCAAUGGUUGAGAUAUGGACGAUGAAAGAAUAUAAAGUGCAGUCAUCUUGGACUAAGUCCACUGUUUUGAUUACUUUUCUCACGGCUCCUGACAACGACUUUUCCCCGAUAUGCUUCACCGAAGGUGGUGAAAUUGUUGUUGGAUCAGAAGAAAGGAGAGUAAUAAUGAAACUUGACGGUGAAGGUGAAGGAAAGCUGCUUGAGUAUCGAAAGCUGCUUAAGUAUCGCAAAUAUGGUCCAGACUUCAUAGAUUAUAUGUUCUUAUCGAAUCCAUGCUCCAUUAUGUAUAGAGAGAGUCUGCUAUCACUUCCUAGUGACUUUGGGGAAGCAUAAAGAUGACCAAUGGUAACAAACAAGAAGAAUUAGGGCCUUGAAGUAUGCAAGAAUAUUUAAUACAGUUACCUUGAUAUGGUAGCUUUCCUUCAGAUGAUGAUGAUACUGCUAGCAACAAGCAUAGCAUAUGGAAGAGAAUGUCAUUUAUUUGGUUUUAAAUAAUUUUGUGUCAAUGCAAAACUAGUGUCUCUUUUAAUGGUAAUUUUAGUAAGGUUGGAGUGUAAGUAGACUUAAGUAUUUAAUUAUAUCCCAAAGUAGGAUUUAACAAAUCCUAGUUGGAAUUAGUAUGUGCUAUUCAGCAUCCUUAUCAUUUUUCCGCUUAAUGUUAGUAUUACAUUUGGAGUUUGUUUAUGUUACCCUCUGUUACAUGGUUUUCUGGUACAAGUUGUACUUAUUUUAAUAUAUUUUGGGGUCUCUUUCUGCAAAAAUAA